CAGAGUCCUUCCCGCACAGCUUGCAGGGCCUUGAUGGACGAGGUGGAACACGACGUCACCAAGGCCAGACGCCGCACGGUGGAGGCCGGCCCCUUCCGCGUGAGGCCUGACGGGACGCAGGAGCGGAGGAAGAUCCCCCUGCACCGGUCCGAGGCCUUCCUCACCGACCUGCUGGAGGAGGUGUGUGAGCGCAUGAGUGCCUACAAGCUGGAGUCGGGGGCCGGCACCCAGGCCCGCACCUUCAAGAGAUUCGCCCCCCGCAAGGGCGAGGACAUCUACCAGGAUUUCCACAAGUUCUACGUCUUCUCCGACGCCUACCUGCCCCUGAGAGCCGCGUGCGACACCGUCCUGGAGGAGUUCGAGGAGGAGAUACUGGCUCUCGUGGCUCAGGGUGCCCGUGGCAUGGCUGACACGCUGUGUGGGGAGAAGGCAGGUCUGUGUGAAGGCCCUGCCCACCCUGCAGAAUCCUAGGAGGGUGGUGCUGCUGGCUAGGCUGGACGCCCCCCCCCCCUUGCUGCUCUGGCCUCUGUCACAGGUGUUAGGAGAGUGAGAGGAGGCCGCAGUGAAGCCUGGGUCUCAGUGACGGUGACGGCCAACGCCAAGGGAGCUCCGGGCCAGCCAGGGACGGUGUGCUGCCCCCCCACCCCCCAAAAAAUAAGCCCUUCAGCAGCCCUAAGUGGCCUUCAAUACCGCACAAUAAAGUCACGUGCUUUCAGCCUGGA